AUGGAAGGGGGUUCCUGUAUCCACGAAAAACCUAUUGUUCGUGUUUUGGUCACGUACGAGAAGCAGACGGCCAACCUGAGGAGGCGGUCCGGCGAUUACGACCUCCGGUUCGCUCUUUUCCUGACUCGUAUGUGCAAGGUUUCCUGUGCCUGUGGGCUCAUGGCCGAUGGCUACGGUGGAACCAGCAGUAACCAUCGAUCAGAUCAUUCGGGGACUUGGUUGGUUGGUGCGACUGUGGACAAACGUUGGCAGGGUGUGCUACCCACUCCAGCUUCGGAUUAA